AUGACCACCGCUGGUCCCAUCCGCCAUCCGGCCCUUCUAACUCGUUCUUUGGUCUUUACUCCUUCUCAUCUCAAUCAUCGUGCGGGCAAAUCCUCUCGUCAAGACGUCGCUCUUGCUUACCGUUUCUUCUCAGACUUUCUACCUCGUAUCAGGCGGAGCCUCGAUCCCUACAAACCACACGCGAAGCAACUUCACACGACACCGCGACGUAACACCGCUGCCGCGGCCGCUAGUGCUCACAAUACACCCACGGCUGAGUCUGCCAUCCCCCACAUCUCCCUUCACAUUGCCGCCUCAUCAAGCGGCAAAGGUCGCAAGUUUCGACCCGAACUGAGCACAUUCGACUUUAUCCCCGGCGGUAACGACGCUUUGGGCCUUCAGCGGGGUUCAACCAUUCAAGAGAAAAGAUCACAGCGUCCUGAUAGUGGACAAGACGCAUAUUUCGUUGCUCGUGUCGGACAAGACUCCCAUGUAACGGCCUUUGCCGUGGCCGACGGGGUGGGCGGAUGGACUGAACAUGGGAUUGACCCGGCCGACUUUUCCCACGGCCUCUGCAGCCACAUGGUCGAGACGGCACAAUCUUGGAACCAAGCAGAGAGGCUCGGUCCUCAGCAGUUGCUCCAACUAGGUUACGAAAAGGUCAAGAAUGACCCGGCGAUCAAGGCAGGAGGUACGACGGCAUGUGUGGCUGUGGCCGAGCCGGACGGACGCAUGCGGAUUGCGAAUCUGGGAGACUCGGGGUUCCUGCAGCUGAGAUUGGGGACAGUGCAUCAGUACUCGAACCCGCAAACGCACGCCUUCAACACACCGUACCAAAUGAGUAUGACUCCGCCCGAGAUUCUCGCCCAGGCCAUGAUCUUUGGCGGCAUGCCGUUGAAUGACGAGCCUGACAAAGCAGACGUAGCAGACCAUGUGCUGCGACACGGGGAUGUACUCAUCCUGGCAACCGACGGCGUCUGGGACAACCUCAACUCUCAGGAAAUAUUGUCGAUCGUGUCCAACCAAAUGCGCAUGUUCGGUGGAUGGCUGAGGUCGGACCAAGGAUACACACCUUCCCCGGUCCUGCCUGAACUGGUUGACCGGUCACUCGGACCACAGAAGCACAAAUUGCCCGGGACGCUGCAGAGUGUGAUUGCGGCGGCGAUAGUCGGUGAAGCAAAAACCGCGAGCCACAGCGCAAAGCGAGACGGGCCGUUCGCGAAAGAGAUGAAGAAGCAUUUCCCCUUUGAUCCAUGGCAUGGCGGGAAGGUGGACGACAUUACCGUUUUGGUGGUUAUUCCCGUGGAUGAGGCCAAGGCGAGGGAGGAGAAGACGAACCUGAAGCCCAAGUUAUAG